AGAUAAUACACAUUUAUAAGAUACUCUGUGCUAGUUUGCACUAUUAAUCGCAAGUAUAUACUAAUAAUGGCUUGAAGUAUAAUCUUCCAAAUGGUAGAAACCGAUAAGCUUUUUUUCUACGAGGCUGUAGUCCAGCAGCUGCUAGACGAUGGGCUGGAAGAUGCAGCUGAAAUAGUGAAGUCUAAAAUGAAGGUUGAACCGAAUACCAUGCUACGAAAAGAUCAUUUGUAUGAUAUUUUUAACAAGUCUGCCUAUUUAUCCUCAAGAACAAUAUUGGAAGCAGACCUUGAGGAAGAAGAACGGGAUAAGACUAGGGGAUUAACUAGACUUAAGGAAGUACUCGAUGAAUAUGAGAGUUUGCCAAUUGAAAAGCAGCAUAAAUAUAAAGUUAUGGCGUACAAUAACUUCGCAGAAUUUCAAAACUUUAAGCCUUGCCGUUGUAUUGCACAGUCUAACGAUAGCUCCGUCGUGGCUAUUGGUGGAGUUUCUGGAUAUCUACACGUUACUCCAUUUGUAGAUGCAAAUGAUCAAAUAUCAAAGAGGAAACCAAAUGGAAUGUGCACUACCCGUCUUAAUGGUCAUAUUGAACAAGUUGAUGCUUUAGAUUUCCAUCCUAGAAGGACUAUAUUGGCAUCUGGUGGUAUUGAUUGUAAUAUUAUAUUCCAUGAAAUAAAUGCCUCGAAUGGAUUUAUUUAUUCCACAUCUGAAUUACAGAAAAUUAACGAUUAUUUUAAUAUUCGCUGUCUUAAAUUCCACCCCUGUGGAGAUUUUCUCUUUGCUGGGACUUCAAACUCAAUUUUAAGGCUUUAUGACGUUGUGACGGCAAAAUGCUACACAUCCAGACAAACUUUGCAUCAGCACCAAGGUGGAGGUAUAAAUAGUUGUGAUGUGAAUUCCGCUGGGUCUCUAUUCUUCACUGCUGGAAGUGAUGGAUCAGUUGCACUUUGGGAUGGAAAAACUCUGGAGGCCAUACAUAUCAUGGAAAGUAUUCACGGGGGUGUGCCCGUUAUUUCCGUAAAGUGCGAUCCUUACAGUCGUUACAUAUUAUCGAGUGGAUUAAAUGGAACCACUAAACUUGUAGAUCUGAGAAUGAGAAAGGAGUUACACAGUUUUGGAUUCGAGCGUAAGAAUUCUAUAAGGACGUAUUCCACGUUUUUGCACAAUUUCCAGUAUUUUAUCACAUUUUCUGUCUUAUCUGAUAACAAGUCGAACCGUUCUGAGGCCAUAGUAUACUCCAUAGAAAAUGCUGCCGUAGAGAUGGAUAUAACAAAAGCUCUUGGAACGGCGCCAAUUUGGGACGCCAUAGCUUCUCAUGAUGAAAUGUCCAUAAUUACAGUUGCGGAAGAUUGCAAGUGCCAAAUUAUAAACUUUUAUGAUCCAACACAGUGA